AUGUCAUUUAUUAUUAGAAGACAAUUGUCAACUUUGAUUCCACCAAAGAUUGCUUCCGCAAAGAACAUUGGAUCCAAUCCAAAUGCCAAGAGAAUGGCUGAAGUUGUUUCUUUCUACAAGAAGUUACCAACCGGACCAGCACCUGCUGCCAAGUCUCCUUUGACUCCAUGGGGUAAGUAUAAGGCUGCUUACUUUGAUGGUGACAAUGCAUCAGGUAAACCAUUACUCCACUUAAUUAUUGCUGUAGUUGUUUUAGGUUACACUUGGGAAUACCAAUCUCACUUAAAGCAUCACAAGGAGCAUUAA